AUGUCUCGCGAAAAACAGGCUGCAGCAGCUUCACAGGAUCAGGGUCGGCCGCAGACUAGUCGCAAAGCCGGCUGCUUGUCAAGAGCGGCGCGGAUCGUGGAGCUUCGAAGUCUGCUGCUGGACCGGUUACGCGACACUCAGCGACGGCAUGACGAUUUGAGGUCGGGUCGAGUUCGCUGCCAAAUCUGCGCACACGCCGAAGAAGUGCUCGCCACAUUUCCGUUUGAGAGUAUGACCGACGGUGCCAAUGAUCGAAGCAGCCUCUCUACAGGUGUGCAAUUCGCCCGUUCUCCUGCGCCAACAGUGCUGACAUCGCUUUCAGGAGAGUUAAACAGGCAGAUUCAGGACGUACAGCGAGGCUUCUUCAAUUCGACUGCUGACAACUCUACGACUUCCAACACCGUGGCAGCCGCAACCUCGACCUCCUCACCUGCAAGGCAGAAAUUAAGUCGGCGACAAACUGCCGUAGCUGGACCACCUCCUACUCAGACACCUUCAAGGAGCACUAAGCGUACCAAGACUCUCACGACUUACGGGUCAGGAAGGACCUUGCGAACUCCUAAGGCAGACGACAAUUCGGCGUUCAAUGCGCUUCUUGACGAUCAACCUGAUCAACAAGAAUCGCAGUCGCUCCGACUCUCACAUCACUCUGGCGGCCCUGCAUCCUCGCGAGCACUGCCAAGCGGCACUAUCGAGGACGACUUUGCCAAGCACAAUCCUAACGUCAUGUUCAGAGACACGGGAAGCACGGUGGCAUUUAAUGAGUCCUCCGAGCAGCGAAUGCUGGAACAAGCUCUUCAGGACGUAAGACAGCCAGUUAGUUCAGCUGCCAAGCUCGCAGAGUCCGAGAAGAAUCCGAGCUCACCUUUCUCGCUUUGGGCACACACAACCCAGUCGCCGCACAGCAGUCAAUUAAAGAAGUCUGUUCGGCACGACGCAGAUGCUAACCAGGACGAAAAAGAGCAAGCAGAUAAGGUCGUAGAACCAGUCGAACCUCCUCAGUCAGGCCUGGCGGCGCCCGCAAGCAAGCCGGCUGAGGACCUGGUACAGCUUGAGACCCCAAUUCCGGACGACCUGAAGACAAGCGAUGCGAGUCAGCUCAAAGUCUCUCUCUUACCCAGAUCAAGCCCGCAGGUCAUUUUGCAUACCAACAACAUGCCUGAAGAGACGCUUUCCGCUACCACUGUGCAAAAAUCAGCUCGAGGACGAAAGCGCAAGGCGAGCACUACGACCAAAGAACCAUCAUCUGAGCCAUUGAAUUCGGAAGACUUACUUGUCGGCCUGCCGAAAGAGCGGUAUCAAGCAAAGCCGAGCCGGCGUAGGAUGACAGAGCUGCCUGAAGAACCCAUCGACUACUCCGUCGUGCCGGAGAAGGCCGCAAAGAAGCGACGCAAAACUCUGAACGAUGCCAGUGCUACCCCUGAGACCGUUGACGAGGCAAUCACGCAAAAUGCGAAGGCGUCUCAAAAGCAGUCGAAAUCACAAACGUCCAAAAGAGAGCAGGCAGUCUCUUCGGAAGCCCCACAGACCACGAACAAGUCGGCAGCAGGCACGCCAGAGAUGCCCGCUGCGUCGAACGUGAGUUCGCAGAAGUCACCCAGCUUGAGCCAGCAACAAGCAGACCGCAGGUCAGCUUUGCAAGGGACAGGGAAGAGGAAGGCUCCCCCCAACAAGGCGAGACGCAGAAUCAUGCAGGAUGAUGAGAAUGAUGAGGACGAGCUUAGCAAGGAGGUCGAAAAAGAGGUGCUGGUACCACGCGGCAGGCCACCCAAAGUAGACUUACAGAAGACCAGUGCCGCUCAUCAUGGGUCAAACCAAGACUUGGAUGACGAAGGAGAAGAUGACGAGGCGCCGCGAAAGCGAGGGCGGAAAGCAAAAUCUACUCGAAAAGUAUUCGAUGACUCUGACGCCGAGGACGAAAUUGUCGGCACGGAGCCUGUCAAGAAGGGUCGGAAGUCCAUAUCGGCUGAAAUGGUCCAGGAUGACUCUGCGGCAGAAGAUGCCGUCCAGUCUACUGUGGAGGACGAAGCACGGCCAUCGAAAAAGAAGCGCGGCCGCUCAGCCAAAAGCAAGGCUGAUGAUGCGCUUCCGCCGGCUGCAGAGCCUGACGAGGCGACCACCACCAAAGAUGCUGCAUCCUCAAGUUGUAAAGGCGCAGAAGGAGAAUGCAAUGUACUCAAAGCCAAAGACACGAUCACACUGCCAAAAGUCAAGGAGGUCAGUCCAGUAGCAGACAGUGGAAAUUCGAAGAAGGACCACGCGCCGCAGCAGGCACGGUCGGCAAGUAAAUCAGGCCCGACGACGCAUUCGCCCAUCAAGAAGACGAGCAAGAUGCUGAAUCAUCGCGUUGGAUUGAACAAGAAGAGUCGCAUCCCACCGCUACUGAAGAUGGUUCGGCCGCAGCAGCGCAAAGAAGUCGAACGUGUUACGAAAGUGACGAGUGUCGCUGAGCUUGAGAGAAUGGCGGCAGUCUGGCUCAGCCAAGCACGAAAGCGUUCCCUUCUGGCACUUGGACACGCUUCUCGCCGUUCUUAG